AUGGCGGCAGGUUCGAUUCCGGAGUUGAUGUACGCGGUGGUGACGGUAGGCAAUGGGGGUUACGAUAUGCUGGAGUACAAGCAGAUGCCCACCCCCAAGCCGAAGACCGGGGAGGUCCUGGUGCAGGUGCUGGCCGCGGGCGUGAACAACACCGAGAUCAACACCCGCCUGGGUUGGUACUCCAAAGCCGUGAAGGUGGCCACCAGCGAGGAAGCCGGAGCCAACGAAGAGGCCAAGGACGACGGGGGCUGGAGCGGCAAGACACCCUUCCCCUUGAUCCAAGGCACCGACUGCUGCGGCCGCGUCGUCUCCGCCGGCGACGAAAACGCCGAAGGCGUGCUGGGCAAGCGGGUGCUGAUCCGGAGCUGCCAGCGAGGGCCCCAGGGCUUUGCGUCCAGCGACGACACCAAGUGGAUGGCCUCGGACUUCGACGGCGCCUUCGCGCAGUUCGUCUGCGUGCGGCGGUCGGAGGUCUUCGCUGUGGACUGCGACUGGUCGGAUGAGGAGCUGGGGUCGAUCCCCUGCGCCUACGGCACCGCAGAGAACAUGCUGGAGAAGGCCGCGGUGGGGCCGAAGGACCACGUCCUGGUGCCCGGGGCCUCGGGCGGCGUGGGCUCCGCGGUGGUUCAGCUGGCGAAGCGCCGCGGCGCCCGAGUCACCGCGCUCUGCGGCCGCGCCAAGCUGGCGCAGCUGGAAGCCAGCCUUGGCGCGGACCAGGUGCUGGCCGGCCGGCACGGAGACCCGGACUGGAAAGCCACCAUUGCUGCGCUCAAGGGCACGGUCAGCGUGGUGGUGGACAACGUGGGCGGCCUCGCCUUCGGGGAUGUCGUGGACUGCCUGAAAAUCGGCGGGCGCUACGUCACCAGCGGCGCCAUCGGCGGACCGCUGGUGGAGCUGGAUCUCAGGACGUUGUACCUGAGGGACCUGCGCUUGAUCGGCUCCACCGCGUGGGAGGAGCCCGUGUUCCCCAACCUCGUACGCUACGUGGAGAGCAACGAGAUCAAGCCGGUGGUUGCCAAGACCUACCCCCUGGGCCAGAUCGUGGAGGCCCAGACGGAGUUCCUCAAGUCCAUGGACUGCCCCCAUCUGCUGACGCUGCCUUUGCCGGAGCUGAACUUCCGCAACGCCACCAAGGAUCUGCAGUUUCAGCUGGAGACCUCGCGGCUGGCGCUGGACGCCUCCGACGCCCUGCAGACCGUCAUGGCCUUCGCAGGCGCAAACAUGCAGUUGGUGCUCCUGACCAACAAGCUGGGGGGCAUGUGCUGGCCCUUUACCCGCAGCUACGCCGCCCGGCUGCACACUGCAAAAUCCGCAGCAGGAACCGUGCAAAGGAACGAGUGGGACCAAAUCAUUUGCGUCUCCGAGAUGGUUUGGACAACUUUCGCUGUGGCUGGGCGAGGUCUGGGGAGCUGGCCGCGCGGCUUCCGCAGCGCCUCCCGAUCGAUGAGCUCCACGGCGCCGUGGAGAACUCGAUGCAUCUCGGGCUCGGCAUCCUGCGGUCCUUGCAGUCCACCGCCUGCACGCCCGCGCCCGGCGGGGACGGCUGCGGGGGACUCGGCAGCUGCCUCCAGCUGUACCUCCGCAUGGCCCGGGCCUGCGCCGACAUGGCCAUGGCCUCCCACACGGUGCAGCACCAGCUGGAGACCGCCCUCUUGUGGCGUGCGAAAGCUGGUUCCCCGGGCGCGCUGCCGCAGUUCCCCCCCGGCGCGCGAGGCGAUCCGAGCGAUGCGGCGAGCGAUCCGAGGGAGGUGUCCAGCUUGGAGGGCCUCCGGACCAAGACGCUCAGCGCUUUGCUUCGCAGCAUGGACCGGCGCAAGCUCUACAUUGUGGAGCUGGGUGCGCACAAAGGCCACGUGGCCUUCUCGUUGCUGCGCAGCGACUGGCGACUCCAGUACCUAG